GAUUGUUUUGCUAGAUAUGUCAGCUUACAAAGGACAUCUCUCUCUUCUUUAAAACCUCUCCAAAAUGUCCUUUCCCAACAGCUCUCCUUCUGCUAACACGUUUUUGGUAGACUCUCUGAUUGGUGCGUGCAGAACAGACAGUUUCUAUUCCAGCAGCAACAUGUAUAUGCCAUCCAGUGCAGAAUUGGGAAGUUAUGGAAUGCAAACCUGUGGACUCCUGCCGUCUCUUGGCAAACGGGGGGAAGUAAACCACCAAAAUAUGGGCAUGAACGUCCACUCGUACAUACCUCAGAUUGAUAACUGGGCAGAUCCGAGCAGGUCCUGCCGAAUAGAGCAAGCGUCUAACCAGAUGCCCACUUGCACGUUUUCACAAAACAUAAAAGAGGAGAGCAACUGCUGCAUGUACUCCGACAAGAGAGCAAAGGUCAGCUCGUCCGAGAUGCCCGCGUACUCAAAUCUGAUCUCCGAGCCGUGCAGUAGCGUUGAAGGUCCGGAGAUUCCGGUCCCGGGUUACUUCAGACUCAGCCAAACUUACACGACGGCGAAAAGUCAGGACUACAGCCACGAGACGGCCAGUCCAAACACGUUGAUGCAGUUGAACCGGCUGACUCCCAAACCACAAUCUACGCCUUUCGUCGAGGUGGAGAAGAAACUGGCGGAGAUUCCGCGCGAGCAGGAGCCGAGCCCCCCGACCGCAGCGCGAAGCCCCGAGCCCAAGGCGAGCUCUCAAGAGGAGAAGAACUGCUCUACUGAGGCGUCUGUCUCCAGCCCGGAAUUGCCACACAAGGAAGCGAAAGAGUGCAAAACAGAUACACCGACCAGCAACUGGCUGACUGCGAAGAGCGGUAGGAAAAAGAGAUGCCCGUAUACAAAACACCAGACCUUGGAGUUAGAAAAGGAGUUUUUAUUUAACAUGUACCUGACUCGAGAGCGCCGUCUAGAGAUCAGCAAAAGCGUCAACCUCACCGACAGACAAGUGAAGAUCUGGUUCCAAAACCGCAGGAUGAAGCUCAAGAAGAUGAGCAGAGAAAACCGAAUCCGGGAACUUACCUCAAACCUCACUUUCUCCUGAGCAUGCAAACAAGUGCAUCCCCCCAGCCACCCAGAAAAAAAAUCACGCUCUGCCUCUUUCUGUUUCUGUUCAAAAUAGUUUAAAAAUGAUGCUGUCGAACAUGAACAUGGGACGUUGUCUUAUUUCACCUUCACAUACUGUGAUUGUUGCUACGUAAAAAAUAGUGUUUUUUAAAUUCUAUUUACUUGAUGGUAUUCAAGUGACAUUAUUAAAGUUAUGCAUUGUGUAUAGCCUCUGUUCCACAGGGUAUGAAGUGGUCUUAACUUAUGAAACUUAAAGAAACACAAAGUCGUUGUGUGUUUGUUUUCAUUGAGGACAAAAGAUAACGCCGUACGGGACAGCAAGCACUGAAAUCCACGGGAAACAUGACUUUGGACCUGAAAGCACACGUACUGUUUCUAAGCGAAGCCUGUCCGAUCUCCUCCGGCUGAACUUGUACAUUUAUGUGAAAUCUCGCCGUAUAAAGGGUUCUGUAUAGUAAAUGUGAAAUCUGUUACCAUAUGUACCUCCAGUGCAUGUUUGUGGCAUGUAUCCUGUAAUAAAUAGACUGUCAAAAUA